AUGGUAGCCCAAAUACCGUCACUGUUAGAGGCCUUUGAACGUUAUGCUAAGGAACAGGAUGUUGAACACUUUGAAAAACUCGAGGAAGUUAUGCUAGAUGGCCUGUCAAUUCCAGUGUUAGGGGAUCUGUCAUUUCUAAAGGACUGCAACGUGGGGCUUCUGUCUCUCAACAACUGUCAGGUUGGGGUCAUAGACCAUCCCUUCCCAGAGGGCACCAAAAUCGAACGUCUCGAAUUAAACUCCAAUAACUUGAUUGACAGAAAGUCCCUUGAGGCCCUCGGAAAUUUAAAAGACACUUUGCAAGAACUCCACCUCGCGAACAACAAAUUUGCCGACUUGGAGGCACUAAGUCCCAUACAUAAACUUGUCAACAUUCGCAUAUUAAAUUUGAUCGACAAUCCGGUUGGUGGUGUUGUCGAAGACGACGACGACGAGCAACUGGUGAAAGCCGCGUACCGUGAGGACCUUCUGAAAGCUCUACCCAGUCUCCAGGCACUCGAUGGUUAUGAUAGGAAUGGGAAAAAGGUAGUUUUCGAGGACUCCGAGCCGGAGGACGACGACGAGGAUGCAUAUACGAGCGAAUCUGAUGAAGAGGAAGAGGAGGAGGAAGGGGUCGAUGAUGAUGAUGAGGGGGAGGAUGAUGAGGAGUCGCCGCAUGCUGCUAAGAAGAGGCGAACUGAUGCUGUAGAGUAGUACAGUAUGACCGUGACUCGCGGUUGACUGACUGCUGGACGUUUUCACUAUC